CACAUGUUUUAUUUUUAACCAGUUUGAAUCACAGCAAAAUAUGAAACUGCCUCUUUUAUAUUUUCGACAACUUAAUUCACAUUUUAAAAAUCUUUCUAACAUUGCAUAUGAUACAUUGCCCAAAAGAACAGAACUAAUAAAACAAAAUAACUCAUUACUCAUCAAACUAAGAAGAUCCACUGGAUAUCCUGUAUUAAAGUGCCAACAAGCUCUAAAAAAAUUUGACUAUGAUUAUAGCAAGGCUAAAAUUUAUUUAGAUGAAACUGCAGAGCACGAAAAUUGGGAUAAAGCUAGCAAAUUGCAACACAGAACUACAAAACAAGGAUUGAUUGGAACUAUAGUGUCUGAAAAUGGCCGUUUAGGUUUGAUGGUUGAACUCAAUUGUGAAACUGAUUUUGUAACAAAGAACGUCAAAUUUUGCCAAUUAGUUGAUACCAUUAUGAAUUCUGUUAGUAUACACAUCAGUGAUGAACCAAAUAUAGGUGAUUCCAUUUCAAUCAACGAUAAACAUGCCUUUUCAAAAUUUACCAUAAACCCCGAUUAUUUGAAAGAUAUACCUUUAACUAAUUCCAAAUUAGGAGAAGUAGUUCAUCAAAUGACAAUAAAGGAUUCGAUAACUCAGGCCAUCGGAACCUUUGGCGAAAAUAUCACUUUAAGAAGGGCAAUAGGGAUGCGAUUUUUACAAAAUGCCAAUGAUCAUUCACAAAAAAUGGAUAAAGAUAAGAUCAGCUUCGUAGGCAACUAUUGCCACUCUGGAUUCAAGCAGCAUCACGUCUCUGAAACCAUCAGCACCGGAAAAUACGGAUCGCUAGUGGCUUUGACCUAUGUAACACAUCGGGACAACGAUCCCAAUCUUCAGGGUUUUGAAAAAUCGGAGAAAUCUUCGCCCAAACUCAAACGCCUCGCCGAAGAAUUGGCUCAGCACGUGGUUGGGAUGAACCCGACCGAGAUAGGAAACGAUGCAAAUGUAAAAGACGUUGUUGACGAGUUUCAAUCUAUUAAAGGUUUAGCAGGGCUCGACACUGAAACUUCUCACGAUACCCAAGGUUCCCUGGAUUCCUCGCCCAUUCCAUUAAAUCCCCAGACCACCCCCUUGAUAGACCCAGAAAGUUAUUGCUCGGAAUUACCCCAACAACAACAGCACAAGGAUAAGUUGGAAGAAGAAAAUGAGGAAGGGGAAUACAAUGACGACGAAUUCGACCAGAAGUUUUACGAUGAUUAUUACGCUACCCUGCGCGCGGACGAAAAAAGGCAAAACGAGAAAAGAUUUUUGCGGCAAAAUUUUUUAUCCGAUCCCACUCGCGUUGUAGGAGAUGUCCUCUCUGAUAAUUUGCUCGAAGUGGUAGAUUUUGUUAGAUACGAAUGUGGCGAGGAAAUAUAAAAGGGCUUUUACAUAAUAGACAUUAUUUCGUUUUUGAUACAGAAAGUAUUAAUUUUGUAAAAGAAUAUUUCAAGAAUUAAUAAA